AUGGCUGUAGGAGGUGGAGCACAAAAGGUGGAUGAGUUCCAACCACACCCUAUCAAGGACCAACUUCCCGGCGUCGACUUCUGUGUCACAUCUUCUCCUCCAUGGCCUGAAGCCAUACUUUUGGGAUUUCAGCAUUUCCUGGUAAUGCUUGGGACCACUGUGAUCAUUCCAACCAUACUUGUCCCUCUAAUGGGUGGUGGCGAUGUGGAGAAGGCUGAGGUGAUAGAAACUUUGCUCUUUGUUGCGGGUAUUAACACACUCUUGCAGACUGUGUUUGGGACUAGGCUUCCUGUUGUGAUGGGGGGUUCUUAUGCCUUCAUCAUCCCUGCUGUCUCCAUUGCUUUAUCCAGGAGGUUCAGUGUAUACAUAGACCCCCACCAGAGGUUUAAACAAUCCAUGAGAGCAAUACAAGGAGCAAUCAUAGUUGCAUCUUUCUUCCAGAUGAUUCUUGGCUUUCUGGGGUUUGUGAGAAUUUUUGGGAGGUUUCUUAGCCCUCUCUCUGCAGUUCCUCUUGUGACGCUUACUGGACUAGGGUUCUUUGUAUUUGGUUUCCCUCAGCUGGCAAACUGUGUUGAAGUUGGACUACCAGCAUUGAUUAUACUGGUUUUUCUAUCGCAGUACACGAUGAAGUUAAAACUGCCUAUAUUUCACCGAUUUGCAGUACUAUUUUCUGUUGCAAUUGUAUGGGUAUAUGCAGAAAUUUUGACUGCAGCUGGUGCAUACGACAAAAGAUCUCCUAUAACUCAAAGAAGUUGCCGCACUGAUCGUUCUGGGCUUGUUAGCUCUGCUCGUUGGAUAAGGGUUCCCUAUCCAUUUCAAUGGGGGCGUCCUGAUUUUAAUGCUGGUGAUGCCUUUUCAAUGAUGGCUGCAGCUUUUGUUGCCAUUGUUGAGUCAACCGGUACCUUUAUUGCGGCAUCAAGAUAUGGGAGUGCCACCCCUCUACCACCUUCUGUUCUCGGCAGAGGUAUUGGCUGGCAGGGCAUAAACACUUUUCUGGAUGGCAUAUUUGGCACAUUAACUGGCUCCACGGCAUCAGUUGAAAAUGCAGGUCUUUUGGGAUUAACGCAUAUUGGAAGUCGGAGAGUAAUUCAAAUAUCGGCAGGCUUUAUGCUCUUCUUCUCUGUAUUAGGAAAAUUUGGGGCUGUUCUUGCUUCUAUACCAUUACCUAUUGUGGCAGCUUUGUAUUGCGUCCUCUACGCCUAUGUUGCUUCUGCCGGUCUUGGUUUGCUCCAGUUCUGCAACCUAAACAGCUUUAGGUCAAAGUUCAUUGUUGGCUUUGCUCUCUUCAUGGGUCUUUCUGUGCCCCAAUACUUUAACGAAUACCUCGCAACUUCUGGUCAUGGUCCUGUUCACACUGGUUCUACUUGGUUCAACAAUAUAGUGCAAGUAAUUUUUUCAUCCCCAGCAACAGUGGCAAUUAUAAUUGCUUUCUUCUUGGACUUAACUGUCAGUCGCGGACACGGCUCAACUCGGAGAGAUAGUGGCAGACACUGGUGGGGAAAGUUCAAGAAUUUUGGCUCAGAUACUAGGAGUGAAGAGUUCUACUCAUUGCCAUACAACCUUAAUAGGCAUUUCCCAUCAGUUUGA